AUGGCAGAGCCAAACUGGUACCUCUGGCCAAACGAAGACGACGACGACGACGACGACGAUGAUAAAGUUCAGAAUUCACUUGCAAUCAGUGUAAGGCAACACCAUGUCAGCAUCGCCGCUGGGGCAUUUCAAGACUUUGUUCGGCUCCAACAAGUUCACCUCCCAUUGGGCCUGCAAAUGAUUGGACUGGAAGCCUUCAAACGCUGUUUGGCUCUGACCGAAAUAAACUUUCCGUCCAGCCUAAUUCAGAUUCAAGAUGGCGCCUUUGAGGGUUGUGUAUCUCUAAAAGAAGCUAUCUUUGUGGAUGGUUUGCAAUUACUUGGAAGCGACGUCUUCUCUGGUUGUGAGGCACUGACUACUGCGAUCCUUCCGUCCACCUUGGAAUUUUUGGGAACUGCAGCAUUUUCAUCAUGCUACAGGUUAUCUAAUGUCGAGUUUUUCAAGUGUGAAAAGCUGGAAGUGAUCCCAGAAGAGGCUUUUGACAAUUGCUCGGGGUUGACUCAUGUCAAGCUGCCCAAAUCCAUUCAGGUGAUUGAGGAAUCUGCCUUUGCAAGCUGCCUUCGCUUGGCGUAUGUGGAACUACCAAAGGGCCUCGAAGAAAUUCGAACCAAUGCCUUUUCAAAUUGUGCCACCUUGGUUUCUCUAGAGCUGCCCGAGGGACUAGAAGAAAUGGAAGAGUUUGCUCUGAAUUCCUGUACUUCCUUGAAGAAUCUACGUCUGUUGCAGCCAGACUACUUUGGAAGAAUAGCAACGGCCUCGUCAUCAGAUGAUGAAGGAAAAAAUGAUGAUAUCAGUGAUGAUGGCCUACCUCCACAAAAUUGGGACCGACUGCUGGAGGUAUUCGAUAACCAGUCGGCCAUUCAACGUGCGCUCUACCACAGAUUUGAUGACUUUCCGCUCCACAAGCUUUGCUAUCACCAGAUUCACUAUGAGUCUGAGGAGGAAGUGAUGGAAGCUUUUGACUCGAUCAAAGCAUCCGAUAUCUCUGCUUGUUCUGGAAGCCGGACGGAUUUGCUGGGCAUGACGCCAUUGCACAUUCUUGCUCUUUCUGUAAAGCCAGCUCACGGCAGCUUGUUUGGAAAUGUUCUCGAGCACUAUCCGUUGGAACUGGUCUUGAGAAAGGAUGCCUGGGGAAAGAACUGUAUCGACUAUUUAAAACUGAACAAGACACCCUAUCCAAAACCAUCCCUUCUCCAAUUGGCUUCUUCUUCCAAGUUCUUGAUGAAGCAUGUCAAGCUCGAUGCCAGGUGGACCAAGAUUCAAGAAUUGCUAGAGCAAGACCUCGAAUCCAAUCCCAUCAAGAAUCGCAAGCGGCUCAAGGCAGUCUUCUAUGAAUUGGCUCAAUGCCAAAAGUCAGAGAUCAUAUGCACGCUGGAACUUGCCUUGUGGAAGGCUGCACUACUCAAGCAUAAUGCUCCAGACGAUGAGGAUGGUAACAACAAGAGAAUAAAAAUGGAUCGACAAGAGGUUCGCAUCACCGACUGUGGAGCCGACGUCGUUUUGUCGAACGUCUUGCAAUUCAUGGAUAAGAUUGAAACUUAG